UUAACGCGGCGGCAAAAUUCAAGUUCCAAACUUUACUUUUCAUCCCCAGCAUUUUGCUAUAAGUAACACAGUUCACAAAAAAUCCAGUCAUAUUGAUCUUCAAUCUACGCAACUUCAAAAACUUCGGAAAUUAUUGGAAGACUGGAAACAAACCCAUCGCUCGUUUCAUCUUCUUGGUUAAAAUCUACUCCAAAUUUAGCAACUUUUGUAUCAGAAACGGUUACAGUGGCAAGGAUUUUAACAUGGGUUUAGGUGGAGGUUCUAAUGUGGCAAAGGUCAAUCGCAGAGAAAGUGAGAGCCUUUCAAGGAGCUAUAGCGGCGGCUGCACUUCGUUUCCGUCAAUAUCAGAGCCAAAGCCAGAGACUUUGGCAGGGCCUUGCUUAGUUUCGUGCACGACUUUCAAUAUUUUGGCUCCAAUCUAUAAACGACUCGAUCAACAGAAUCAAAGCCUUCGAGAGAGCGACUACAGGGAGUUUUGGGUGGCCAGGAACCAGAGGAUUUUGGAUUGGUUGCUCUAUGAAUCAUCUGCCAUUAUUUGUCUGCAGGAGUUCUGGGUUGGAAAUGAAGAAUUUGUGAAUAUGUACCUGGACAGGCUUGGUGAUGCAGGCUAUACUACCUUCAAGCUUGCCCGAACUAACAACCGGGGUGACGGUUUGCUGACUGCUGUGCGGAGGGAUUGCUUUAGUGUUCUAAACUAUCGAGAGUUGCAUUUUAAUGAUUUUGGAGAUCGUGUUGCUCAGCUGUUACAUGUUCAGUUAGCUUCCACAUUUUCACAAAACCAGAGAGGAAACGUUCAGCAAGAAAUGCUAAUUGUGAAUACUCACUUGUUAUUUCCUCACGAUUCCAGUCUCUCUAUAGUGCGAUUGCAUCAGGUUUACAAAAUUUUGCAAUUUGUGGAGUCAUAUCAGAAUGAAAACAAGCUAAACCCGAUGCCCAUCGUACUCUGUGGUGACUGGAAUGGAAGUAAACGUGGCCAUGUGUACAAAUUCCUUAGAUCGCAGGGGUUUGAAUCAACAUAUGAUGCUGCUCAUCAAUAUACUGAUGCGGAUGCUCACAAGUGGGUUAGCCACCGUAAUCAUAGGGGAAACAUCUGCGGUGUUGACUUCAUUUGGCUUUGUAAUCCCAAUAAGUCACGAAAACCACUAAAGACUAGUUGGUGCGAAGCUGUUUUUGGAAUAUUACGGCGCCAGCUCCGAAAAGCUUCGAUGGCUGAAAAUGAUGCAUUUGCCAUUCUAAAGGGUGAUAGUGAUGGUGAUUUUAUUACGACCUCAGCUUUCUGCGAAGGACUACAUCAGGUUAACUUAAUUGGUCAUCCUACGGGACUAGGUUUCCAGGAGACGAGGGAUCUCUGGAUCCAAGCAGAUGCCGACGCAAAUGGUUUCCUUGAUUACGAAGAAUUUAAGAGUAGAAUCUGGAGUUCGACAGCGUCAGAGGAAAUGGAAAGCCUUAACGUUAGUAGAGAGGAGUCCAAACGAGGCACGCAGGGCGCCCUCGGCUUCAAUGUGAAGAAUGCAGUUCUAUACCCCCGUGAGGCGGAGAAGGGAAUAUGGCCCGAUGAUUACACUCUCUCUGACCAUGCUGGACUAUCGGUUGUACUUUCACCAGAAAGGAUGUGGUGUUGCCAGUCGUAAACCGCACUUAACGACGCACGCGUGGGCGAACAUAAGUGGAGCAGAAAGGAAUGUGCAUAAUCUGUAGGAAAUGUGUACAGCCAACAGAGGAAAAGUCCCUUCUGGGGUACUUGUGUAGGUUUGAUAGUUUUUUUCUGGUUUAUAUUCUUCAUUGUUUUAAUUGCUUCUCCCUAGCCCUGCCCAAAUUAUUUUUUACCUGAGAAAUGCUAAGGAGAAGUAGACUCUCGAUGGACUA